AUGUCCUCAGUUAUUGCAUCCCAUAUUCCAUCUAACGUUACCCCAGAAAAAAUCAGAGAAUUUUUUUCAUUUUGUGGGAAGAUUGAUUCUUUAAACCAAAUUGAAGAUGAUGGCAAAUUUAAGAAAUAUGAAGUUGUUUUUGCUUCUCCAAAAGCUGUUUCUACUGCUUUAUUAUUAAGUGAUGCUGAAUUGGAUAAUACUUUUAUUAAAGUUGAAGAAGUUCCAGAAAUCACUGAUGGUGCCACUGGUGUUGCUCCACAACAAGGUGGUGCUGGUGUCGAUAAUAAAUUAUCACAAGAAAAUGAUGCCAUUGUAACUGGUGACAAGAAUUAUGAUGAUGUUGAACAAGAAGAAAAACCAAAAUAUGCCAUUUUCGCUCAAUUGUUAGCUGAUGGUUAUGUUGUAUCUGAUCAAGUUAUCAACAAAGGGAUUGAAUUCGAUAAAAAGAAUGGUAUUUCUCAAAAGUUCAAUGAUUUUAUUACUAGUUUGGACAAGAAAUAUGUUCAUUCUGAUGAUCCAGAUAGUAAAUUCAAUCAGCAAGUUCAAAAGGCUCAAGAAAGUUAUGCCAAGAGUGGUCUUGAUCUCAAAUUGAGAAAAUACUUUGAAGAUGCCUCCAAACUGUCAUUGGGUUUGAAAAUUCAUGAAUAUUACACUAGUUUUGUUAAAGAUGUGAACCAAGUCCAUCAAGAAGCUGUUAGAUUGGCAAAUAUUAAGAAGAAGAGUUUGGAAGAAAAAGAUAGUGAAAAUAACACUGAACCUACUAAAUCUAGUGAAUUUUCACCAGGUGAAUCGGUUCCACAAUUUGCUCCAAUGCCUCAAAUGAAAUAG